UGUGAAAACAGUUGAGUUUGCUUAACAAGCAGCUGUCUACACAAGAUGAAGUUCUGCAUCCUACUCAUGAUUGGGACCCUGAUUGUCCUCAUUGACGGUAUGCCGCCAAUCAGCAGGGACUACAACACGCACUGUCGGUGCCUGCAGGUGGAGUCGAGGAUCAUCCCUCCCGACAGCCUGAGGAGCAUCAAGCUUUUCCCUGAAGGGCCCCACUGCCCAGACACUGAGGUCAUAGCUGGACUGUCGAAUGGGGAGAAAGUGUGCUUGAAUCCUCGGUCCUCCUGGGUGAAGAAACUAGUCCACUUCGUUUUGGAGAGACAAUUACAUCAGCAGGGAGGAGCAUUUCACAAGAAUCGAGGAUAAAGAGAAGUUCCAAAUUUAAAUUGAGUGUUGCAAAAUGAGAAGUAAAAGCAGUAGCUCCUUCGUGCAACACUGAGUCAUACUGUUUUUAAUUUGUUAUAAAUUACUAAAAAACACAUUAUUGAAUCCAGUUUUUAGAUCUUAAAUAACAAAAGACCAAAUCUGUUCUGGUUUCCGUUAUAUGUUUCAACUUUUUUUGACAUUCUUUUCAAAAUGUUAAUAUUUUAUACACAUUUACAAAAUCACACACAGUCAGAUGUGCUUGAAAGUGAUUAAAACUAAAAAAAAAUUGUUUUGUUUGUUUGUUAUUUUUGAGCAUAAGAUAUUUAUAAAAAAGUGAAGUUUGACUUUGUAUGUUUGUAUUUCAGUUCUCUGUCUAGGAAGAUUGAUUGCAUAAUCAUCUGAAUGCUGAUACUGUAUCGCUACGUGUAGUAGAACUCGCUGCUUCCUGUGCGGUCUGUACAGUUUAUAUGAUUCUUAUCGCUAGGUGUAGUCUGGAGAUUGCAGAUUACAAACACUGCAAACAUGAAUUUACACCUUGCCACAAUCUGAACAGAAGCUCCUUUGGUUUUCAUUAAGCUGCUGUAAAAUCAGACCAGACCUCAAUAAACUUCAGUAUAUUCAAAACUCUGCUGCCUGACUCCUCACUCGAACCCAUUUUAAUGACCAC